CGCACCGAGGACAUCCGUGAGUUCCUGCACACAGAGCUUACCUGGGCCCAGGAGUCCUACACCCGACAAGCCAACGCCCGUCGACAACCCCAUCCAGCGUACCGAAUUGGUGACCGGGUCUUUGUUGAUGCCCGCCACUUCAACCUUCAACGGGAAUCGGACUCACUAGCCCCUAAGAACCUCGGCCCAUGGCCAAUCGUUCGAAUCAUUGAUCACAAAGCCUACGAGGUCAAGCUACCGCCACAGAUGGAAGAAGCAGGCGUGACACCGGUAUUCCACCCCUGGAAGCUUCAUUUAGCGUCGAACACGCCCUAUCCCGGCCAGGUCGAAGACCCGGAAGUGCCGGUAAUGAUCCGCGAUAUUGGGGAAGAGGAACCGCACGAGGAAUGGGACGUUCAAGAGGUUGUGAACUGUCGGAAAGUACGUGAUAUGAUCCAGUAUAAGGCUAUAUUCAACGGCGAAUGGGACGAUUGGAACUCCAACCCCCCGUGGCAACCGUGGACCGAUUUUAAGCAUGCACGGGAUAAAGUAAUGGAAUAUCACCAGAAGGACCCCAGAAAGCCUCGACCCCCUGACUACUUGACAACUGAUUGAAUGAUUGUACGGAAAAGCGUUUGAUUUAUCAUGUAUUUAGCUUGCUUCGGAGGACCUUCAGCCUUG